AUGGAAUUUAAUUUGUCCGAAUUUUUGAAGUUCAUUUGGCCCUUCACAAGCACAGAAGCAGCAGCAACAGCAGCAGCAACAGCAGCAGCAACAGCAGCAGCAACAGCAGCAGCAACAGCAACAGCAGCAGCAACAGCAGCUUCGUUGGUAGCAGCACCCGCAGUGAAACGAGCUGCUGCUGCAGCAGCGCCGGCAGCAGCAGCACGAGGAGCAGCAGCAUCAGCACAAGUGGCAGCACCAGUAGCAGCCGCACAAGCAGCAGCAGCAGCAGCAACAGCAGCAGCAGCAGCAAAAGGAAAAUCAGGAGUGUGCUGCUGCUUCUUUUUUCUUUUCAGAGAAUUUUCACUGAGACAGCAGCAGCAGAGAGAGGAGUUUGCAGCAGCUAACAAAGGGCCGUCAAGCAGCAAAAGAAAGAUAAAGACUAGAAAUAAAAGCAGCAGCAACAGCAGCAGCAGCAGCAGCAGCAUCGGCAGCAGCAGCAGCGUCAGCAGCACCAGCAGUAGCGGUAGUAGCAGCAGCGGAAGUAUAAGCAGCAUCGUCAUCAUCACUAUCAGCAGCAGCUGCAGCGGCAGCAGCAGCAGCAGCAGCAGCAGUAGCAGCAGCAGCAGCAGCAGCAGCAGCAGCAGCAGCAACGGAGAGCAGCGACUGAAGAGGCACGAGAGAAGCAGCAGCCCCAGCAGCAGCAAAAAGGGGAAAAAGCAAAAAGGAAUUUUAGAAAAGAAAAAAGAAUUUGGAAAAUAA